CAUUGUGCUAGGCAGCAGCAGAUCCUCUGUCUGGCUCAUACUACAAGGAUACUCAGAAGUGGGAGCUGCAGCCACAAUUUGUAUUUAUUUGGAACACAAGUAUGCCAAUUUGACCUCAGAGAAUGGAACUACAAGUAGCAAACAUUCUUCUCCUCCUGGUUGCCUUGACGGCUGCUCAUGGUGAGAGAUAUGUUGUCAAGAAGGUGAUGAAGGCCCCUCAGUACCAGCCAUACUCAGUGAAAAGCCAUGUGGUGUCUGUAGCAGGAGAACCAGGUAUCCCUGGUGAGCCAGGCCCAGCUGGGCCCCCUGGACCCCCUGGAUCCCCAGGAGAAAACGGUGAAGGACUGGAAGGGCCACAGGGACCACCUGGACCACCCGGACCUGCUGGUUACUCUGCACCUGGAAAGCCUGGUUCUCCAGGUGGACCUGGCAAACCUGGAGCCACAGGGGCACCUGGGCCAAAAGGAGACACUGGAGCAACUGGUCCUCAAGGCCCCAGGGGCAUGCCUGGCCCUUCUGGUAGCCCAGGUCCUGCAGGUUAUUCUGCCACAGGAAAUCCUGGACCAGCAGGUCUUCCAGGAGCAAUGGGACCAAGAGGGGAGCCAGGUCUUAAAGGGCAUCCAGGUAUUCCUGGUCUGUCAGGACAAAAAGGAGAUAGAGGUAUUGGGGUUCAGGGGCCACCAGGAGAGAGAGGUCCAGAGGGGCCAGUGGGUGCUUCAGGGAAGCCUGGUGAGCCUGGUGUUGGAAGGCCUGGAAAAUCCGGACUUCCUGGUGAACCAGGUAAAUCAGGCUCACCUGGCCGUGAUGGGGAAUAUGGACCUAUGGGUUUGCCAGGCCCAAAAGGUCAAACAGGAGCUCCUGGAAUUGGAAUGCCUGGCAAGCCAGGUGAUAAUGGUGCCCCAGGUAUGACUGGCCCUGUUGGCCCAAAAGGUCCACAAGGAGCAGCUGGUGUACCCGGUGCUCCUGGCAUUGCAGGUUAUGGUAAACCAGGUGAGCCUGGUAUAAAAGGUGAGAGAGGACUAGCUGGUAGCCCAGGUGCAACAGGUCAGAAAGGUGAGGCAGGUGUUAAAGGGCACACUGGAUAUCCAGGUGCUACUGGUCCUAUGGGUUCAGCUGGUCCUCAGGGUCCAAGAGGUUUCCAAGGUGAGAGUGGAGCAACAGGUGAUAAGGGUGACACAGGUGCAAUGGGACCUCCAGGGCUAAAAGGACACAAGGGAGAGCAGGGAGCACAAGGCAUUGAAGGCAAGCAGGGUUAUCCAGGGGCUACAGGGCCAGUUGGUCCAAGAGGAGCUACAGGUGCUUCUGGUAACAAAGGAGAUACUGGCCACACAGGUGCGCCUGGUGCCCCAGGAACACCAGGACCUGUAGGACCAAAGGGUCUUCCAGGACACUCUGGAGCAGCAGGUGAAAGGGGAGAUGCAGGUGCUCCUGGGGCAAGAGGUCCAGUUGGCCCAGCAGGUCCAGCAGGUGUACCUGGAAUUAAAGGACACCCUGGUGUUCCUGGGGCACCUGGCCCUGCAGGAUUGACUGCCAAAGGAAUUCCUGGACCUCAGGGUCCACCUGGACUUCCUGGAUCUGAUGGGGCUGAUGGUCUUCCAGGUCCUGCUGGACCUCCUGGCCCACCUGGACCUCCUGCUGAGUUCAUGUAUGAGAAGGCCCAAGGUGAAACUGCAUACCCAGUUCUUGUUAAGAGUCCAGUGUCUGCAUUCACUGUUGCAACUGUGACACCUUAUCCCCCAUCUGGUACCCCAAUUAAGUUUGAUCAGAUUGUAUACAAUGCAGAGCAGCAUUAUGAUCCUGAGACUGGUCUGUUCACCUGCCAGAUUCCAGGAAUUUACUACUUCUCUUACAGCAUGCAUGUGAAUGGGGCUAAUGCGUUGGUGGCACUUUAUAAAAACAGUGACCCAAUCAUGUUCACCUAUGAUGAGUACAACAAGGGAUUUCUGGACCAGAUGUCUGGUAGUGCUGUCCUUCAGCUCAAUGAGCAGGACACUGUUUAUAUCCAGAUCCCUGAUGAUGAGGCUAAUGGUGUUUUUGCAGCAGAUAAUGUUCACUGCUCAUUCUCUGGGUUUUUGAUUGCCUCCACGUGAUAAGGUGAUCAAACCACAUCACAUGUUCUAUAACCAUCACUAUUUCUCUAACAAAAUAUAAUGUUCUGCAAACCUAAAUGCAAAACAGACUGUGCUAUUGUUCUGAGAAAUACAAUAUCAACUUGAAAAUUCCAAGCAGUGGUGCCAAUAAGAAGGAAGUAAUUUACUGUAUGUAACAAGUUAUCAGGGACAGAAAGGGAGUUAAAAUCUAAACAAUUACACUUUUUGUGUGUGGAAAGAGCAUGUGAAGUUGUGUCCUGAUUUUUUUGUAUUUUCCCCCAAUUGUUUUAUUUUUUUUGUAUCUGUUUUCUUUGUUUUUGUUUGUUUUUGCGGGAAAUUAUUUCAAUAAAUAUUUGUGUCUUGAUUUUACUGUUACUGAUGACCUUAUAUCCUUACUGAUUAAAUGGAGAGAAUGGUGUUCCUGACAUCCUUAUAUCCGACUUGAAUAUUGUGAGAUGGUGAAAAUUAUCGAGAAAAACUCACAAGCAAACAUCUUUAAAUGUUGUUAUCCCAAAGGCGUAAUUUUGCUCUGUAAACCAUAAUGGAUCAAAUAAACCAUUUCCUAAAGA